CCCGUACAAAAUUUUACCUUUUUACCUUUUGGCCUUUACCCUUUCGCUACAUUUACAUUUUUGUCUCUCACUCUCUCUUCUCAUUAUUCUGGACCAAAGACGACUUUCAAACUCCUUGAAAAAGAAACGCUUCUUCUCUUUCCCCUCAUCUGCCUCUCCUUUCUGAUUCUCUGCCACUUCUUCUUUCUUCUUCACUCUCUCUCCGCGGCGGAGAGAAGAAAUAGACGAAAUAGAGAAAGGAAACGUUUUUAUCGUUGAUGAUCAGAGUGAAAACCGUGGCUUACGAAGCUUAAUAGUCGGUUCUUGGCAGAAAACAGAGUGGAACACAGAGGAAUAUGGGUUCAUGUGUAUCAGUUCACAAGGCCGCUGGGACGCCAGAGUCCGCCAUGAUGGGUGUUUCGUUUGGAAGUUCCAAAGGGGACAAGCUCGAGAAGCUCAUCGUCCUCCCUGAAUCCCCUGUCAAGGAAAAGCUCGUCGCUUCCGCCGUAACCGUCGAUGACCUUCCAAUCAAGCGCUUCCACAGCUACGGCAGUAAAGAGGAUACAUUCUUUGAUUCCCAGCCCUGGUUGGAAUCUGAUGGUGAAGAUGAUUUCCACAGUGUCAGGGGUGAUUUCACCCCGUCUCGUGGGAGCACUCCAGUUCAUCACAGUUUUGCAAUAGGAACCCCUCAAAAGAACAAACCGGUGCUCGAGGUGACACCUCCUGAUCAUUCAAUACCCGAGCCAUCCCCUACAGGAAAGAAGAAGAAGAGACUUUCUGAACUUUUCCAAGACAGCAUGAGGGAGCGCAGUACAGAAGACAAUGAAUCCACUCCCAAAUCUGCGGAGGACACACCAUAUAUCUCCGGUGUCAACUCUGUCUGCAGCAGCGAAAGGACUCCCAAUGGGAAAGCUCUAGUGGAAGAGAAAUGGUUUAACAAGUCGAUGCAAGGUUGCCUCCCAAGCUUGGUCUCCUGCCAUAGUUUUAGUUAUAGGAAGAAGAAGAUGAUGAGCCCCCCAGCAGCUGUGGCAGUAAAUGGUGUGGCUUAAUGACGAAGUCAUCCAUCUUGGUUCACAAUGCUUAUGUAUAUCGAUCUUUUCUACGACUUCACUCUUUGUCAGCCAGAUAAUGUAUAGUACCCCCCAUGAGACUAAAGGGCAUGAAAAUGAAGUUGAGGCAGCAGGAGGAUUAAAACCUCUCACAUCAUCAACCCCCUAGUGAAGGUUAUGUGACAUCCUCAAGCUCAUAGAUUUUUCUUUCUUUCGUUUCCGAAGGAUAUAUCAGUCACUCUCAAAUAAUGAGCUUGUAGUGGUGAUGACAUUGAUCUUCAUGUAUCUAUGAUAACUACAAGGAAGAGAUCUUUAUUUAAUCCUUCUGCAGGCAGUCAGAAUCCUGCAGAGUAUUCACAUAUAGCUUCUUUCUGUUGACGAGUAAUGCUUGCUAUCCAAGGAAAAAAAACAUGCAUCUCAUUCCCUUGUGAUGGUUACUUGUGAAAGGAGAAAAGGGUAACCAUUCCAAAGGUGAUGAACUUGAUAGAAGAUGAGAAAUGACAAUUUGCCAGGAAACAGGCAAAAGGGCACAUCCUAGUCCGUGUCCAUUAAGGAUUGCUGAUCUCAGGAAAAAGGAGAUGGGCUAUCAGGAUUUUCCCAAGUCCAGAAGCUACUAAACUGCAAGCUGUUAUAUGAGACGUCUGUGAGAAAAGCUUGUAGUCACAUAAAUCAUGUGUCCCCAGAAAGAUGAUCUUCCACCUUUCUUUUCUCAUGUAUGUGAUGUGGGCACAAGAUAGAUGGGACCAUAAUACUACAUGCUUGCUUGUUUCAGAGGUCACCUUUCUCUUUAGUCUUUGGAGCCUUUAGGAGAUUGCAAAAUCAGGAACUCAAG